UGAAAACCUCCAGGAGCUCGCAGCUGAAAAACCGUCGGUUUGACCAAGGAUGGACAUCAACGGACGACUUGGGAUGAGGGACACCGUGCUGGCGCUCCUACUCCUGCAGGGCUUUCAUAUCGGGGAACCGGCCUCCAACCUGUCCCCGCUGGUCGGAUCCAACUGGGGGAACCCGAGGAGAUAUGUCCACCUGCAGACAUCUACAGAUCUCAACAACUUCUACUUGGAGAUCAGACUGGAUGGCACUGUGCGCAAGAGUACAGCUCGAUCGUCAUAUAGUGUUAUUUUACUGAAAGCUGAAACAAGGGAGCGUGUUGCCAUCUUCGGUGUCAAGAGUAACCGCUACCUGUGUAUGGAUUUGGAGGGGAACCCGUUCAGCUCGCCCAUCUGCCUCAGAGACGACUGUCUGUUCAACCACAAGCUUCUGGAGAACAACCGAGACGUGUACUACUCCACUCGGACGGGCAUCCUGUUUAACCUGGAGGGUUCCCGGCAGGUGUACUCAGCGGGCCAGAACCUGCCGCAGACCUCCCUCUUCCUACCCAAAAAGAACACGGUGCCGCUGGAGCGUCUCCUUCUGCACAGAGAGAAGAGGAACCGGGUCGUGGACCCCUCAGACCCGCACAACGUCCUCCUGUGGCAAACGGAGGAGGGCUCCAACUCCCGGGCCGUGCAGGAGGACGACGCGGACCUGGAGGUGGAGGUGGAGGUGGAGGUCGAGGUGGAAGUCGGGGACGACGGGCGCAAUGUGUCCGCGGAGACUCAGCUGGCCCCCUCUGCCCAUGACCCCUGGAAUGUACAAUCACCCAGACAGGCAAGCCCCCGGAGCUCCGGGACCAUGGGCUGA